UAAAAGGGCAAGAGAGAGCGCCGAAGAGAGGGUUUGGUAUUUGCGAGUGAAAGAAAGAAAGAAAACGAUUAUUGAGUUUUAGAGUGAGUCAGUGAGAGAGAGAGAGAGAGUAUAUAUUUUGAUAAGCACAGCGCAGGUUAAUUUUUUUUUUUUUUUUUCCUCUAAUUUCAAAUAGCCGUUAAAAGGGACCGUUGGGCCUAUUGGCUUUCCCAUUCUCUCUCCCGCCAUGGUUAUGGCUCAGCUCGAGAGCCAGAGCCAGAAGCAAACCUCCUCCGACCACGUCGACAAGACCAAGUCCCUCAUCAAAGCCCUCAACCUCGUCUCCCGUAACCUCCCUCUCCCCCCUGACCUCUUCGACACCGUUUCUUCUAUCUAUUACAACCAUGAAGACGAUGCAAUUCCUGAUUCCCUUGACGGCGGGGAAGCCGAUGGAUCUGACAAAAAUUGUUUGGAUGAUAAUGGAAAUAUUUGUGGAGAAGAUUUAUUGAAAGACCUUGAAGAUGCAUUGCUGAAGCAACGGCCAAACUGUAUGUCUAGUUUUGAAUUGACAAAAUCUAGGGACAAUCGUCAUCAAAGCCACAUUCAGCAUCGAUUAAAUGAACUUGAGGAGUUACCUUCAAGUAGAGGAGAGGAAUUGCAGACAAAGUGCUUGCUUGAGCUAUAUGGACUAAAGCUUGCAGAAUUGCAAAGAAAGGUCCGUUCUGACGUUAGUUCAGAGUACUGGUUGCGUGCAAACUGUACAUAUCCUGACAAGCAAUUGUUUGACUGGGGCAUGAUGCGAUUGCGCCGUCCGCUAUAUGGUGUUGGAGAUGUUUUUGCCGUGGAGGCUGAUGAUCAAUUUAGGAAGAAAAGGGAUGCUGAGAGGCUGUUAAGGUUAGAAGAGGAGGAAAGAAACCAUAUCGAGACAAGGAAGAGAAAAUUUUUUACAGAAUUCCUUAAUACAUAUCGUGAGUUCCUAGUACACAUUCAGGCAUCCCAGAGAAGACGUAAACAAAGGAAUGAUGGAGUCCUGGGAUGGCAUGGAAGGCAAAGGCAACGUGCUUCACGGGCUGAAAAACUAAGAUUCCAAGCCUUGAAGGCUGAUGAUCAAGAAGCAUAUAUGAGAAUGGUUAAGGAGAGUAAAAAUGAGCGAUUAACAACACUUCUUGAAGAAACAAAUAGACUCCUUGUAAAUUUAGGUGCUGCUGUUCAACGUCAGAAAGAUUCUAAACAUUCAGAUGGCAUUGAAUCCUUGAAUGACUCGGAAGGUGAUUUUCCUGAACUGGAGGAAGAUGCGGAAAUCAUUGAUUCUGAUCAAAAUGAUGACUCCAGUGACUUACUUGAGGGUCAACGGCAGUAUAACUCAGCCGUUCACGCUGUUCAAGAAAAGGUAACAGAGCAACCAUCCAUGCUUCAAAGUGGAGAAUUAAGGCCAUACCAGCUAGAAGGACUUCAAUGGAUGCUCUCCUUGUUCAAUAACAACUUAAAUGGGAUUCUGGCUGAUGAAAUGGGACUGGGGAAAACAAUACAGACCAUUUCCUUGAUUGCAUAUCUUUUGGAGAACAAAGGGGUGACCGGGCCCCACUUGAUAGUGGCUCCAAAGGCUGUACUACCAAAUUGGGUUAAUGAAUUUGCAACAUGGGCUCCUAGUAUUGCAGCUGUUCUUUAUGAUGGAAAAGCUGAAGACAGAAAGGCAAUGAAGGAAGAACUAUCUGGGGAAGGGAGAUUUAAUGUGUUGAUCACACAUUAUGAUCUAAUUAUGAGAGAUAAGACAUUUUUGAAGAAAAUUCACUGGUAUUACCUGAUUGUUGAUGAAGGGCAUCGGUUGAAGAAUCACGAGUGUGCUCUUGCACAAACACUUGCUGGAUAUGAGAUUCGACGUAGACUUCUGUUGACUGGUACCCCAAUACAGAAUCAUUUGCAGGAGUUAUGGUCCCUGCUUAACUUUCUUCUGCCACACAUUUUUAAUUCAGUUCAAAAUUUUGAGGAUUGGUUUAAUGCACCAUUUGCGGAGCGGGGUGAUAUUUCUCUUACAGAAGAAGAAAAGCUAUUGAUCAUUCGCCGUCUACAUCAUGUUAUUAGACCGUUCAUAUUGAGGAGAAAAAAAGAUGAGGUGGAAAAAUACCUUCCUCAAAAAUCCCAGGUCAUACUGAAAUGUGAUAUGUCAGCAUGGCAGAAAGUCUAUUAUCAACAAGUUACUGAUUUGGGCAGAGUUGGGCUAGAUACUGGUUCUGGGAAAUCAAAGAGUCUACAGAACCUCACAAUGCAGCUUAGAAAAUGUUGUAACCACCCAUAUCUUUUUGUUAUGGGAGAUUAUAAUAUUUUCCGCAAGGAUGAGAUUACAAGAGCAUCAGGAAAAUUCGAAUUACUUGAUCGUCUGCUCCCAAAACUUCGUAGGGCUGGGCACAGGGUCCUGCUUUUUUCACAAAUGACUCGUCUCAUGGACAUCCUUGAAGUGUAUCUGCAACUUCAUGAUUUUAAGUAUCUUAGACUUGAUGGUUCAACUAAAACCGAGGAAAGAGGGACCUUGCUAAAGCAAUUCAAUGCUCCAGACUCCCCUUACUUCAUGUUUCUCCUAAGUACUCGUGCUGGAGGCCUUGGUUUGAACUUACAAACGGCAGAUACAGUAAUUAUUUUUGACAGUGAUUGGAAUCCCCAAAUGGACCAACAGGCAGAGGAUCGGGCCCAUCGAAUAGGACAAAAGAAAGAGGUCAGGGUUUUUGUGUUAGUUAGUGUUGGAUCAAUCGAAGAGGUAAUCUUGGAACGUGCUAAACAGAAGAUGGGAAUUGAUGCUAAGGUCAUCCAGGCUGGACUAUUCAAUACAACUUCGACAGCUCAGGACAGAAGAGAGAUGUUGGAGGAGAUCAUGCGUAGAGGUACAAGUUCACUGGGGACAGACGUUCCAAGUGAGAGAGAAAUCAACCGCCUCGCUGCCCGAUCAGAUGAGGAGUUUUGGUUGUUUGAGAAAAUGGAUGAGGAGAGAAGGCAAAAAGAGAACUACAGAUCUCGGCUUAUGGAAGAACAUGAAGUUCCUGAGUGGGCAUAUUCUGCCCCUGACAAUGACACAAAAAAAAUUGAUUUACCAGGAAAGAGGCGAAGGAAAGAGGUUGUUUAUGCUGAUACCAUGAGUGAUAUACAAUGGAUGAAAGCUGUGGAAAAUGGAGAAGACAUAUCAAAACUUUCUGGUAAAGGAAAGAGAAGUCACCUUCCACCAGAGAGCAAUGUGGCUGCGGUUGCAGGGGAAAAGGUAACAGAGUUGAAUGAAAAUAAGCCUAUGAUGAGCAACGGAACGAGUGAAGAUACAUAUGGUCCGACAACUACAGCCCCAAAGAGACACAAAUCUGAAGAUGCAUAUGGUCUAGCAACUCCGGCCCCAAAGAGACAAAAAUCGGAAGGGGCAAAUGCAGAGAAACCUGAUUGCCAUGGUUGGAAUGGACAUCUAUUUACAUGGAACAAGAAGAAGAGGUCAAGCUUUGCCACCCAAAGUUCAUCCCCUGAUUCAAGAGGGCAGAAUUCCAAUGGAAAAGGAAAUGGAUGGGCUUGAGCAAAAUGACUCACCAAAUCAUCAUCAUUAUACCUUUAGCUGCUGAUAGUUUGUACAUUGGUUUGAGCUGUUAAAAGCUUUAAGCUAACUAGAUAGUUGACUUCUCAGGGCGGCAGACAUUUCUGACCUUUUCUUUUCUUAAAAUGGUACAGGAAAUGGCUAAAGGCCCACUUAACAUCCAUUUAUUCUGUUUCUUGGAUUAGGUUGCGCUAUUCAGCAACAGUGUAAAAUUAUUGCCAAUUAUGAAAUGCUCAUUUUAUGAACA